UUUUACGAUAAAAGGUACUUAAACAAUGUAUAUAUGUGAUAUGUGUUAUCAAACACUGAUAACUAUAUGAAUACAAUUGCCUUGACAUCCAUCUGUUAAGCAGGUUAAAAUGUACAUGGAUUUUAGUAGUAAUAAAUAGAAAACGUAUAAAAUGUCACUUAAAGGUUACAGAUAUAUGGAGAAUGAUUUUCAGGUGACAAGUGAUAUGAAAAAAGAUUUUGAAGACAACGGGUACAUUAUUAUCAGAGACCUUCUAUCUAAUGACGAGGUGAAACAUGUCGAGCAUGCGUUGACUGUAGGAAAAUUCCAAGAGCAUACAUAUGCUGUACCUGAUGGAGCCGGUCAGGAAACGCAUAUGAUUAUGUGGAACCAUCCUGGUGAAGAUGUUACAGGUAUGGUCGCAAGAAGUGAAAAAGUUGCCGGAACCUGUGAACAGUUACUUGGAGGAGAAGUCUAUCACUACCAUACCAAGCUGAUGAAGAAACCUCCAAAGAUUGGCGGACGACACAUUUGGCAUCAAGACUAUGGGUAUUGGUACAAUUAUGGGUGUUUGUUCCCAAACAUGAUGACUGUUUUUAUUGCGGUAGAUAAAUGUACUCGGAGCAACAGCUGUCUUCAGAUUCUUAAAGGAUCGCACAAAUGUGGCCGGAUUGAACAUGUCAAGGUAGCUGGGCAGGUCGGUGCUGAUAUGGAGAGAGUGAAUGAGCUUGCAAAGUCUCUCCCUCUAGAAUAUGUAGAGCUUGAAAAAGGUGAUGCAUUGUUUUUCCACAGCAACUUAUUGCACUGUAGUAGUGCCAACACAGGUACAGACAGGCGGUGGGCUCUUCUAUGUGCAUAUAACAGAGCGGAUAACAAUCCCACGAUACAACAUCAUCAUCCUCAAUAUGUACCCUUGAAAAAGGUUGCCGAUUCAGCGAUUUUGGCCUGUCAUAAUUUUACAGCAUUGGAAGGCAAACAUUUUAUAGAUCCGAUCAGUGAUAAGCGUCCUGGCCGUGUUCUUCCUUUACACGAGCAGUAAGAAGCCACAUACUUUAUGUAUAAUAAAAACACUUUGUACAAGGCAAUACAUUAUUAAAAUAUGAAGAAAAGUGUUAUUUUUAUACUUCUAUUUAGAGUUCGCCUUACAGCACCAAACAUGUAUGAAAAUGUGACAAUUAUGAACACUCAAAGUGUACGUAAAUUUGUUAGCUAUAGUAUAAUAAAGGAUAUUGGUAGUCUUAAAGACUCAGUUUAUAAUAAAAAAAGCAGCAACAUCUUCUUCAUCUUUUCUUUUCAUUUUUUUUUAAAUUCGUAAUUCAAACAAAGAAUUUUCAUGUUAAGAAAUAGUAGAUGAAUAUGACACAAUAAUUUAAAUGUAAUUGAAGAUGCUUUGUUUCCUGUUAUAUUGACGAGGUCACAAAUGAGCCGUGUCACGACAAAACCAACAUAAUGGGUUUGCGACCAGCAUGGAUCCAGAUCAGCCUGCGCAUACGCGCAGUCUAAUAAGGAUCCAUGCUGUUCGCUAUCAGUUUCUCUACUUGUAAUAGAGUUGGCAAGCGAACAGCAUGGAUCCUGAUCAGACUGCGCGGAUGCGCAGGCUUGUCUGGAUCCAUGCUGGUUGCUAACGCACUAUGUUGGUUUUGUCGUGACACGGCUCAAAUAUGUUCAAUCAGAUUAAGUUUGAACUUUCAAUAGAAGAGAUGUUUUGUCGAGACCGAGAGGCAUGUACAUGGAUCAACUUCUUACUUGAAAGUAUUUCGCUGUCAUUGACCUGAAAAAUAUCAACUGUUUCAGCACGUUUGCAUCAAUUAAUAAUUCAAUUCAAAAUGUCAGUUUGUGUAUUAAAAGAAUACUUUAUUAGAUUAUUUUUCACUACUACUAGGUAAGUUCUUGAUAUGACUUAGGGAUUAUUCGAUAUUAAAUUAAAGGACAAAGUCCAAGUAACAUAACUCUAGCAUGAUUUUAACCUUUCUGAACUUUUUUAAGUUUUUGGAAGAUUAAUUGCUUUGAUACCGUUAUCUUAUAUUUAAAGUGUAUAAAACUAUAUCUUUGGUGUUUUUGGAUGUCAAGAAUAUUGUUUAUAUUAUUAUUAAAAUAGCUACAAAAAACAAAACAAAUAUGUCCAUAUAUUUUAAUGAAAGCGAGUGGAACAUAUUUUAUAUAAUCGCUAAACCGACUAAAAUAGUAGGGGAACAUUUUAUUUUGAUUUACGUGCAAUGUUCAUGUAUGUUAAAUAACAGAGGCAGUCUAUGUAACAACUUUUUCGAGAUACAUGUAUUACUGUUAGGAUAUGAAAACAAUAUGUAUUUAUCGCUUUUAAAUCGUAACAAUUUUUUUUCAUCAGAUAUAGCUUUGUACCCUUUAAUAUUUUGUAAAAAUUUUGUCAAAUUAAUCAAUACGGGUAAAAUGAAGAAGCUGGGCUGCAGAAAACAAUACGCAUCUGUAUAUUGAAAACAUCAUAAAUAACAAAUGAAAAUAAGAAGCUCUAAAGUAACAUUCCGUGUAACAGCUUUAACAUGAUUAUUAAUCCUCCGUAUUUCAGACGUUUUGAUAGCUCAUAGAGAGUCUAACAAAAGAUUUACUACUAUCACUCUCAUUCAGUACGAUAA